GUCGGAAAAAUUUUAAUUUUAGAUAAACUCCUUCAUUGUACUAAACAAAAUAAUGAUAAUUCAGUGAUAAUAGUUCAAUACAAUUCAUAAAAGUAUGCAAUUUUUCACCAAUGUUAAAUAAUUGUUUCUCUAUGACGUGUCACGUAAAUUUAUCGUCGGUAAACCGACUUUACAGACAACCAGUUUAUUUUUUGUUAUUGAUAAUUAAUAAUUAUAUUAAUCCUAUAUUAACAGGGUCAAAUGUAUAAUUAUGUCUAUACAUCGAAAAUUUGAAAUAUUAAUUAUUAUGCCAUCGCCCAAAAGUAUCGAUAGAUCGACCUACAAAUAUCGAUACUUCCUUCGAAACUAAUCAAGUCUAAUUCGAGCCCGAUUCCAAUAAGAAUAGUAAAUAUUAUGAAUGAAAAGUUUUAUUAUUUUUACGCAAUUUAAUAGAAUUUCAGUAAACAGUAACUUCAGAGAAGAAACAUUUAGAUAUUCCCAAAUAUUUUCCAAAAAUUUCAUAUAAAUCUUUCAUUGAAAAAAAUACGAACUAAUGGAUUUUUCUACUGUAUGUCGCAUGUGUCUUAGUACAGAGAAUUUGACACCUAUCUUUGAAAAUUCUUUUAAUGAAAUUGAUUAUUCUACAACAGUUUAUAUAAUUACAGGGAUUAAGGUAGAAAGAAAUGAUGGGCUACCCCAGAACAUAUGUGAGGAAUGUUUCACAAAAAUUAAUGGUAUACUUAAAUUUAGGGAAGCGUGCAAAAUCGUCGAAUAUCAACUCAUACAAUUAAAAAAUAAACUUCAAAAGUCUGAGUUACACUUUGCGAAUGAUUCUGAACAGGCGAAACUGAAUGAUGCAUCAGAGAACACACAUGGUUAUAAAACUAUUAUACAAACAGACAAUGAUUGUGUUACAAAAAAAGAAGAAAAGAUUCUAGAAUGUUUGAUGGAGAAUGAUGAAAUAAACAAUAGCUUAGACUCUGAAAAUUCCAUAACAAAUACGUUUGAAACCGCAGUACACAUCUUAGGAACAAAUAAACCAAAUGCAAGUUUUGAGAGCUCCGAUGAACUAUUCAAAGCGAAUGAUGUUAAUAACCGUGUCACCUGCAAGCUGUGUCAGAAGGACCUGUCCAUUCGCAGUGUGGAUGCCCAUAUGGCUAGGAGACACCCCGGCGCGGACCGGAGGAAGAUAAAAUGCGAUCUCUGUGAUGCGUAUAUCUUGAAGGCUAAAAUGAACAGACACAGGAAACUGGUGCACGGAGAAUGCUUUAAAUGCGGGUAUUGUAAAUCAGAUUUCGUCGAUAAAAAUACACUAGUUGAGCACGCAAUCACGUGUAUGGCCAAGAAGAAAAAACGAAAAGUAUCUGAUUCUAGUCGCGAAUUGAUUGAUUGCGAUGUGUGCAAGAAAAGAAUGCAAAAGGCUAGUCUGAAACUCCACGUGGCCGUGAAGCACGCCGGGCUGGGACCGGUGUGUGAGCACUGCGGCAAACGUUUCGGCAACAAGACGCGUCUGGGCGAGCACUGCCGCGCCAAGCACGGCCACGAGAAGUUCCGGUGCGGGUACUGCGAGUUCCAGAGCGCCUCCGUGCUGGCGCUUCAGAAUCACGAGAGGCGCCAUCGCGGGGAGAAGCCGUUCGUGUGUGAAGCGUGCGGGGCGAAGUUCCACGCGGCCUACCUCCUGGCCCAGCACCGGCACUCGCACAGGACCCAGAAGCUGGUCAGGUGCGAACUGUGUCCGGCCUCAUUCAAAUCAAACAACAGUUUGCACGUGCACAAACAGACCUGCCACAGCAACGCCAUAUACAAAUGCAGCAUGUGCUCCAGAUCCUACAGCUGUCGUCACUACGCUGUCAAACAUCUCCGGCACGUGCAUCAGUACAGCGGGCCGGCGCCUCCUCUCACGGCAAUAGACGCUCAGAAUAUUAUAUGAGAAGAAAUAAAAACAAAUAAGAAUAAAUGAUUUAUUUAUUUUAAA